AUGGCUUCAGUUUCUCACUGUUUCCUGCUAGUUCUGGUCUUUCUGGAUUCACUUGCCGCUCAGCCAUCCUGUCUGCCAGGAUGUACCUGCUCAGAGGAGAGUUUUGGCAGGACUCUGCAGUGCAUGUCGUUCUCUUUGGGAAAAAUUCCAAGGAACCUUCCUGAAGAGUUCAAGCAAGUGAGAAUUGAAAAUUCACCCUUAUUUGAACUGCCUCGAGGGUCCUUCAUCAACAUGAGCACCUUGGAGUACCUUUGGCUCAAUUUUAACAAUGUCACUGUGAUCCACGUGGGAGCCCUGGAGCACCUGUCAGAACUGAAAGAACUGAGACUGGAAGGGAACAAACUCCGUUCAGUACCAUGGACAGCGUUCCACGCCACCCCACUCCUAAGGGUCUUAGAUCUCAAACACAACUGGAUUGAUGUCCUCCCUGAACUAGCUCUUCAGUUCUUGGGCAACCUGACCUACCUUGACCUAUCCUCCAAUAGGGUUACAGUUGUAUCCAAGAGUGUCUUCCUGAACUGGCCAGCCUACCAGAAACACCGGCAGCCUGGCUGUGGGGCUGAGAUUCUCUCCAGCAUGGUGCUGGCGCUGCAUGACAACCCCUGGCUAUGUGACUGUCGCCUAAGGGGACUUGUCCAGUUUGUAAAGUCCAUCAGCCUUCCACUCAUCCUGGUGAAUCCCUACCUGAUGUGCCGAGGUCCUCUCUCCAAGGCAGGGCAGAUUUUUCAGGAAACAGAGCUCAGUACUUGCCUGAAGCCUCAGAUGUCAACUCCCAGUGCCAAUGUCAGCAUCCAGGUGGGACAGAAUGUGACCCUGCAAUGCUUGGCACAAGCUAACCCCUUACCAGCUAUUGCAUGGACUUAUCCCCUGAGCAUGUGGAGAAAAUUUGAUGGGUUGCUGAGAGGCAAACAGUUGGUACCAAUGUUGACUUCGUCCACUGCAGAAGAUGCUGCUGUGUCAGAGCUGGUCAUACCUGCUGCCCACCUGGUAGACAGGGGCAAUUACACCUGUGUGGCCUCCAACUCCAUCGGCAGGAGCACCCUUGUCAUUGCCCUCCACGUCCAGCCCGCCCAGGCACCUCAUUCUCUUUUCUCCCCCUCGGAGGGCAAUGCCUAUGUUGACCUGCGUGUGGUCAAGCAGACAGUACGUGGGAUCCUGCUGGAGUGGUUUGCAGCAGCCGACACCCCUGAGAAGUGGUUCACCCUCUACAUUGCAUCAGAUGAAGCCCUUAGGAAGGAGGUGGUCCAUGUCGGCCCAGGAAUCAACACCUACGCUGUGGAUGACCUCCUCCCUGGCACAAAAUACGAGGCAUGUCUUAGUCUGGGGGGCCAGCCCCCACGCCAAGGCCGGUGUGUGGUGUUUGUGACUGGCAGAGACCAUGGUGGGCUGGAGGGGCGGGAGCGCCUCCUGCACACCACGGUGGUCCUGUGCGCUGUGCUGCUCGCAGUGCCCGUGGGCGCCUACGUCUGGGCAGCUCAGGCCCCCUGCAGCUGCAGGGAGUGGGGCCUGUGCUGCUGUCCUCAUCACACGAAAGCCCCCAGGUGCCCCCGUGCCGUCCCGCAGCACAGGGAUGGCUCCUAUAGAGACCACACAGCUGUCAGUGAGGACGGCCUAGGGUAUAGAGAUGCUGAGGGGGUGGGGGACAAGGAGAAAGAUGGAGAGGGCGAUAGUGGCUGA